AUGAUCAUUCUCACUCUUGCUACGAUCGCUGUGGCGUCCAUUAUCUGGUGGCGCCUUUCUAUACAGCCCCCCGUAAACAAAGACGCUCUUGCUCAUAUUCCAGAAGUUCGUUUCGAUGAGAAUGAUACACCUGAGCGGUAUGCCCAGGACUCGCGGUCUCUCUUGUUUAAAUGCUAUGACAAGUACCUGCGCAAUGGGAUCCCCGUCCAAAUGCGAAACCCCAUUGGGGAGCUAGGCCCACAGGUCCUGCUGCCUAUGAAGUAUCUAGAUGAAGUUAAAUAUGCAUCGACUCAUCUUUUCAGCUUUCCUCUAUUCUCAGAGAAGGUGUUUCUUCUCAGUUACAGCGAUGCGCCGCAACAGACGGAUGCGGCAGCGCAUGUAGUUCGCGUGGAGUUGAGAAAGAAUCUCGGUAUGCUAGCAAACGGCAUGUACCAGGAGGCGGUAGAAGGAUUGCAGGCAAAUCUACCUGAUUGCAAGGAAUGGAACACCGUCCCGGCUUAUAGCCUCCUGGCCAAUGUGACAGCCCGGGUAACCGCGCUGGCGCUAGUGGGACCCGAGCUCUGUCGGAAUCGCGAAUGGAUUGAUAUCUCGCUCCAAACCACCUUUGCCAUAUUCAACGCCGCAUUUACCAUUCGCGCCAAGUACUCCCCUGGUUGGAGAUGGCUGGCUCGCUGGCAGAGCGAUGCUCCAAGGAAGAUGCGGGCGAUGCGGGCCAGAGCAGUCGAGUUGCUUUCUCCUUGUUAUGAAGAACGAAUAACAGCUGUAAAGGAACGCAGUUCCCGGAAUUACAUUGAUUGUCUGCACUGGCUGCUUAAUAUGAAUACAGGCGACAAGUCGCUUGGUCAAAUCGCGGACGAACAGCUGUUUCUGACUGUUGCAUCUAUGCAUACCACCUCUUCAAGUCUGACAUCGGUCCUGUACGAUCUGCUCAUUCGCCCAGAGUAUUGUGCUGAGAUUACUCAGGAGGUGCACGACGCUUUGGCAGAGUGUGGUGGAAACUGGACCUUACAGCAGGUGGCCAAGAUGAAGAAGUUGGAUAGCUUCAUGAAGGAGAGUCAGCGGGUCCAUCCCAUCGGCUUUACGGGUGUGAUAUUCCAAUUUCCCGCCGACGCGGUGCACCACGAUCCAGAAAUCUACCCGGAUCCGAACCGGUUUGAUGGCUAUCGUUUUCUUCGUCUCCGAGAGACGGUCAAUCCAAAUCGUUUUCAUUUUGCGUCGGUCUCCGAUACAAUGCUGGGGUUUGGAGCUGGUUCCCACGCUUGUCCGGGAAGGUUUUUUACUGCACUGGCCAUCAAGCUGAUCCUGGUGGUGCUUUUGACCCAGUAUGAAGUCAAACUGGCGGACUCCAAGGAUGGAUGUCGGCCGCCAAGUACAUUUCAUGACUUUAACAUGGGUCCCAGCCAAGAGGCCAAGAUCAUGCUGCGGAAUAAGUUUCACGGUUGA